AUGGAUAUGUCAAACUAUUCGGAAUACAAUAGUGAAAGUGAAUCUGGUUGGACAAACUACUUGAACCAUUCCUCUUUUUCUGAAGAACAUUUCAAUAGCAAAAGUGUGGAUUAUGAAGAUUAUGAUGGAAAAAGAGCAACAAUGGAAGAAAAGGAUGAAGAAGAAGAUUUAUCCAUGGUUUCUGACGCUUCUUCUGGACCUCCACACUAUCAUGUAGAGGAAGAUUAUCAACAAAGCUAUUGUGUAAAUUGGAAUGAUUCUUCAAGUUCUAAAGAAUCCAAAAAGAAGGUCAAUGAACAUGGUAGAAAAAGUCAACAAUCUUCACCUCUUGAUGAUACUGCUAGCUCCCAUGUUCUUAACUAUCCCAAGAAGAAAAUCAGUUUCUCUGGGAAUGGAGUAGUGGAGAAUAACACACUUGAUUAUUCCCCUUGUUUCUCUGCAACAAGAACAAAGUUUCUGCAGAGAAAGACUAAAUUCCAGAAGCAUUCUUUUGGUGGAAAACAAGCUUCAGAGGAACCAGGUGGUUUUAAUGAAGAAAGGAAAUGA